UUGCAACUCAUCUGACGGUUUUCGUGUGUGUUUGCGUCUCACGGUAAGGUCUCACCGAAAACCCGUCCUGAAAACGGAAUACGGCCGUACCGCAACAACAUAUUCGUACGUGUUCGUGUGCAAAUCAUUGUAAAUCUAGUGAAAGUGAAUGUUUGAAACAUUAUAAGUUGUUAUAUAAAUUAACUAUACUAAGAUCCACGUUCUCCGGAAGUGUCUGAAGCAAAGUAAUACAAAGUAGUAAAUAAGGCGCAGCCCGAAAAUGUCGCAACAACUUCCGAUACGCUUUCAGGAGCAUUUACAGCUCACCAACAUCAACAUCAAUGCGAGCUCGAUCUCGUUCACCAAUCUGACGAUGGAGUCGGACAAGUUCAUCUGCGUCCGAGAGAAGGUGGGCGAGACGGCGCAGGUCGUAAUCAUCGACAUGAACGACGCACAGAAUCCGAUCCGACGGCCGAUCAGUGCGGACUCGGCAAUCAUGAAUCCGGCGAGCAAAGUGAUCGCUCUGAAGGCCCAGAAGACGCUGCAGAUCUUCAACAUCGAGAUGAAAUCUAAGAUGAAAGCGCACACGAUGACGGAAGAGGUCGUGUUCUGGAAGUGGAUCACCCUCAACACGCUGUCGCUGGUGACGGAAACGUCCGUGUAUCAUUGGUCGAUGGAAGGGGACUCGACGCCGAUCAAGAUGUUCGAGCGCCAUUCGUCGCUGAACGGCUGUCAGAUCAUCAACUAUCGUACCGAUCCGAAGCAAGCAUGGCUGCUGCUAGUUGGUAUUUCGGCACAGCAGAAUCGUGUGAUUGGCGCGAUGCAGUUGUACUCGGUAGAGCGCAAAGUUUCGCAAGCGAUCGAAGGUCAUGCCGCAUCGUUCGCCACCUUCAAGAUGGAGGAAAACAAGGAACUGUCGACGCUGUUUUGUUUCGCCGUCCGGUCGCAAACUGCUGCUAAACUGCACAUCAUUGAGGUCGGUACUCCGCCGGCCGGCAAUGUGGCGUUUACGAAGAAGGCGGUCGAUGUGUUCUUCCCGCCGGAGGCGCAAAGUGAUUUCCCUGUAGCGAUGCAGGUAUCGCCCCGGUACGAUGUGAUCUACCUGAUCACCAAGUACGGCUACAUUCACAUGUACGACAUCGAGACGGCGACCUGCAUCUACAUGAACCGUAUUUCGGGUGAUACCAUCUUCGUGACAGCACCGCACGAAUCGAGCGGUGGCAUCAUCGGUGUGAAUCGCAAGGGUCAGGUGCUUUCGGUGACGGUCGAUGAGGAGCAAAUCAUCCCUUACAUCAACACCGUGCUCCAGAACCCAGACCUAGCGUUGCGUAUGGCGGUGCGAAACAAUUUGUCCGGUGCGGAAGACUUGUUUGUCCGUAAGUUUAACCAACUCUUCCAGAAUGGGCAGUUCGCAGAAGCAGCGAAGGUGGCCGCGAUUGCACCGAAAGGUAUCCUGCGUACACCGCAAACGAUCCAGAAAUUCCAGCAGGUGCCGGCCCAACCGGGAACGAACUCACCACCCUUGCUGCAAUAUUUCGGCAUUCUGCUCGAUCAGGGCAAGCUGAACAAGUACGAAUCGCUCGAACUGUGUCGCCCGGUGUUGGCGCAGGGCCGCAAGCAGCUUUGCGAGAAGUGGCUGAAGGAGGAGAAGCUUGAGUGCAGUGAAGAACUUGGCGAUCUGGUCAAACCGUCCGAUCCCACACUCGCCCUUUCCAUCUAUCUGCGCUCGAACGUGCCGAAUAAGGUGAUUCAGUGUUUCGCCGAAACGGGUCAGUUCCAGAAGAUUGUACUGUACGCGAAGAAGGUCAACUACAGUCCGGAUUACGUGUUCCUGUUGCGUUCGGUGAUGCGCACAAAUCCGGAGCAGGGAUCUGGGUUUGCGAGCAUGCUGGUAGCGGACGAGGAACCAUUGGCCGACAUCAACCAGAUCGUAGACAUCUUCAUGGAGCAGAACAUGGUACAGCAGUGCACUGCGUUCCUGCUCGAUGCGCUUAAGAACAACCGUCCCGCGGAAGGAGCACUGCAGACGCGUCUGCUCGAAAUGAACCUUAUGUCGGCACCGCAAGUCGCCGAUGCUAUCCUCGGCAAUGCUAUGUUUACGCACUAUGAUCGUGCGCACAUCGCGCAGCUGUGCGAGAAGGCGGGUCUAUUGCAGCGCGCCCUGGAGCACUAUACCGAUCUGUACGAUAUUAAGCGUGCAGUCGUCCACACUCAGCUGCUGAACGGUGACUGGUUGGUAGGAUUCUUCGGCACACUCUCAGUGGAGGAUUCGCUUGAGUGUUUGAAGGCGAUGCUGACUGCGAACAUUCGCCAAAAUCUGCAGAUCUGUGUACAGAUUGCGACCAAGUACCACGAGCAGCUGACGACCAAGGCUCUGAUCGAUCUGUUCGAGAGUUUCAAGAGCUACGAAGGGUUGUUUUAUUUCCUGGGCUCGAUUGUAAACUUCAGCCAAGAUCCGGAGGUACACUUCAAGUACAUUCAGGCCGCUUGCAAAACCAAUCAGAUCAAGGAGGUGGAGCGUAUCUGUCGCGAAUCGAACUGUUACAACGCGGAGCGCGUGAAGAACUUCCUGAAGGAGGCAAAGCUGACCGAUCAGCUACCGUUGAUCAUUGUGUGCGAUCGUUUCGAUUUCGUGCACGACUUGGUGCUCUACCUGUACCGCAACAGUCUACAGAAGUACAUUGAGAUCUACGUGCAGAAAGUGAAUCCGUCGCGAUUGCCGGUGGUUGUAGGAGGUCUGCUGGAUGUCGACUGUUCGGAGGACAUUAUAAAGAACUUGAUAUUGGUCGUAAAGGGACAGUUCUCGACGGACGAGUUGGUAGAGGAGGUUGAGAAGCGUAACCGUCUGAAGUUGUUACUGCCGUGGCUUGAGUCUCGCGUCCAUGAAGGAUGCGUCGAGCCGGCGACGCACAAUGCACUUGCCAAGAUCUACAUCGAUUCGAACAACAAUCCGGAACGUUUCCUGAAGGAGAAUCAGUUUUACGAUAGCCGAGUGGUAGGACGCUACUGCGAGAAGCGCGAUCCGCAUCUGGCCUGCGUUGCGUAUGAGCGUGGCCAGUGUGACCGUGAGCUGAUCGCUGUUUGCAACGAAAAUUCUCUGUUUAAGUCAGAGGCGCGCUAUCUGGUACGGCGCCGUGAUGCAGAACUGUGGGCGGAAGUCCUUUCCGAGGCGAAUCCUUACAAGCGUCAGCUGAUCGAUCAGGUCGUCCAAACUGCCUUAUCAGAGACGCAAGAUCCGGACGAUAUUUCUGUCACUGUGAAGGCGUUCAUGACGGCUGAUUUGCCCAACGAGCUAAUCGAGCUGUUGGAGAAGAUUGUGCUGGAUUCUUCGGUGUUCUCCGAUCAUCGUAAUUUGCAAAAUCUGCUCAUUUUGACGGCAAUCAAGGCGGACCGUAGCCGCGUUAUGGAUUACAUCAAUCGUUUGGAUAACUAUGAUGCGCCUGAUAUCGCUAACAUUGCUAUCAAUAACGAACUGUACGAGGAGGCAUUUGCGAUAUUCAAAAAGUUCGACGUCAACACUUCGGCUAUCCAGGUGCUGAUCGAGCAGGUGAACAAUCUGGAGCGUGCGAACGAAUUUGCAGAGCGCUGCAAUGAACCGGCCGUAUGGUCACAGUUGGCUCGUGCCCAGCUUCAGCAAGGGCUGGUGAAGGAAGCGAUUGAUAGCUACAUCAAGGCGGAUGAUCCGAGCGCUUACAUCGAUGUGGUCGAAACGGCAAGCAAGAAUGAUUCAUGGGAGGAUCUGGUACGCUAUCUGCAGAUGGCACGCAAGAAGGCCCGCGAGAGCUACAUUGAAAGUGAGCUGAUCUACGCGUAUGCCCGUACCGGUAGGUUGGCCGAUCUGGAGGAAUUCGUAUCGGGGCCGAACCAUGCCGAUAUUCAGAAGAUCGGCGAUCGGUGCUUCAACGAUCGUAUGUACGAGGCGGCGAAGCUGUUGUAUAACAAUGUAAGCAACUUUGCACGGCUCGCCAUCACGUUGGUGCACCUGCGCGAGUUCCAGGGCGCUGUGGAUGGAGCGCGUAAAGCCAACUCUACACGCACCUGGAAGGAGGUGUGCUUCGCCUGCGUAGACGCGGAAGAGUUCCGACUGGCGCAGAUGUGUGGCCUUCACAUUGUGGUACACGCGGACGAGCUGGAGGAUCUGAUCAACUACUAUCAGGAUCGGGGAUACUUUGAGGAACUGAUUGGACUCUUGGAGGCCGCCCUUGGACUGGAGCGGGCGCACAUGGGCAUGUUCACCGAGUUGGCAAUUCUGUACUCGAAGUACAAACCGGCCAAGAUGCGUGAACAUCUUGAGCUGUUCUGGUCGCGCGUAAACAUUCCGAAGGUACUCCGUGCCGCCGAACAGGCCCACCUUUGGUCGGAGCUGGUGUUCCUAUACGACAAGUACGAGGAGUACGAUAAUGCCGUGCUGGCCAUGAUGGCACAUCCGUCCGAGGCGUGGCGCGAAGGUCAUUUCAAGGAUAUCAUCACGAAGGUGGCUAACAUCGAGCUGUACUACAAGGCGAUACAGUUCUACCUGGACUAUAAGCCGCUGUUGCUGAACGAUAUGCUGCUCGUGCUGGCACCCCGCAUGGAUCACACCCGUGCGGUUAGUUUCUUCACCAAACAGGGUCAUCUGCAGCUGGUCAAAACCUAUCUGCGCUCGGUGCAGAGCCUAAACAACAAGGCAAUCAAUGAAGCACUCAAUGGACUGCUGAUCGACGAAGAGGACUAUCAGGGUUUGCGGACAUCCAUCGACGCGUUCGACAACUUUGACAACAUUGCGUUGGCGCAGAAGCUCGAAAAGCACGAGCUUACCGAAUUCCGUCGUAUUGCCGCCUACCUAUACAAAGGAAACAACCGCUGGAAGCAAAGUGUGGAGCUGUGCAAAAAGGACCGUCUGUUCAAGGACGCAAUGGAAUACGCGGCCGAGUCCCACCAGGGCGAGUUGGCGGAAGAGUUGCUCGGAUGGUUCUUGGAACGGGGCGCAUACGAUUGCUUCGCGGCAUGCCUAUUCCAGUGCUACGAUUUGCUGCGGCCCGAUGUAAUACUAGAACUCGCAUGGCGUCACAACAUCAUGGACUUUGCGAUGCCUUACAUCAUUCAGGUGACGAGAGAAUAUACCUCCAAGGUGGACAAACUCGAAGCGUCCGAUGCGGAACGACAGAAGGAGGGUGAAAGUACCGAACACAAAUCGAUCAUCAUGCCCGAACCGCAGCUCAUGCUGACUGCUGGCCCCGGUAUCGGCAUGCCCCAGUAUGCGCCACAGUACGCUGGUGCGUACGUGCCGCCGCAACCAAAUAUGACCCCAUACCAGUACGGUGGUUUUAAUUAAAGAAUCGCCAGAACAGAAAAAAGCACACUAGAAAGAGAAGGUUCGCGAAACGUUUACCGCCACCGAAGCAAUGCAAACACCGCGUGGUGUGUAGUUCGUGGCUGGGUGGCGAUUAAGCGACAUUAAAGCUUCAGGCUGCGCAGGUAUGAUUUCAAAAUAGCCUCGAAUGGGAACUCUCCGAUCGGUGAUGGACAAUUUACAUGCACAUCUCUUUUGUUAUUUCUGAGUUUGCGACGUUUUUUUGUGUGUGUUAAAAGUCACACUUUUCUAUUUAUUCACUGAUAAUGCUGUAAUUUUAGCGAGUUUGGCAUAGAUAAAAUGAUUCGAGCAUAAGGGUAACGCAAAAACAAACAAUAGAAAUCCGAGAAAACAGAAACCCAAAAACAAAACUAAUGGGUUGGGAAAAGGAUCCCCGUCCCUCCGGGUUAGCGAAAUAUAUUAUAUGAAUCCUAGAAUUUUGCAGCAUUAAGUAGAAAUUCAACAAACAUAAAAUCGUUAUCAUUUAUCUUACCUGUUUCACUAAGAGAAUGAAAAAAAUAAUAGAUACAAAACAGAUGAAUAUAUACAUAAAUCUAUAUAUAAAUAUAUAUAUACAUAUACAUAUGCAAACUAUGCACGGGCGCGUAAUAGUAUAGUGAGGAGAGUGUGUAAAUACAUGGAAGAGCGCAGCGAAACCACGGAUCAACGCUAAUCUUCUUGUUAUCCGUUGUGUAAAAUUGAUUCUACCCUAGUGGUAGAAAACGAAACAAAAAAGACCAUAAAAAAUCGAAAAUCACACAGAGCAACAACAAAAAACACUACUAAUUGAUUCUUAUUCAAAGCAUGAAGAGAUUUGUUUUAUAGAGUUCGCCACACUAUGUAACACACUAAGUCCCAACAAAGAUGUCCCACUAUAGAAAAGGAACGGUUAGCGCCAAUAGAUUGGAUGGAGUUUUUUUUGCGUAAAUGUGGCGCAUACAGCAGUAGUAAGAAAAAGCGGAGACAAAGAAAGGAUGCAUUCCUAGCAGAACCGAUCCCUAUGCUGAAUAAUUGUUGCUGCACUCGUUCGCCCCACAAACAAUCACUUUCUGUCUCCCUCGUGUAGCAGAAAUUGGUGUGGGCCGUCUUUUAUGAAUGUUUAUGUGAAAAUGCAGUAUUGUUUAUUCCUCCACGACACGAAGUAUGUGUGUGUGUGUGUGGACAUAAGUUUAGCACUUUCCACUAGAAGCCUGAAAGUAUGCAAUCAUAAGUUUUUCUAGGAUCACUUUAUGGUUUGCCAAGCGUAUGCGACGCCUGAAAGUAUGCAAUCGUAAUAUUUAAGAUCACCUUUUAUGGUUUUAACCUUUUUGCUUUCGUUCGUAACAUUCUCUCGAUGUCCUUUACAAGCGCGUGCAUCUUACAUUAAAAUUGCUGGCUUGAAUCUUCUUUCAUUGAUACGCUACAGCAAUACACCAUUCCUGUUUUUUUUUUGCUAUUUCAAUUAUUGUUACAAAAGGUGUAUACAAAUGAACGAUUACUGUUAGAGUGCAUCAAUUUGCCACUGUUUGGCACCGUUUUUUGAGUGAUGUUUUGUUUGUUUGCUUUAUGUUGAAGCGUUUGCUUUGCUUUCGUUUAAUUUGCUUUAAUUUAAACACACAUUUGACUGUUGACUGUUUGCGCCACAAGCACAAGACAUUUAUUUUUUAAAGCCUUUUAUUUGGCAAUCGGGCAGACAGUGAGCCAAAUAGGUAGCAGGUAGUGUGCGUGUGUUCGCUUAGCAGCACUGGCAUCAAUUUCGGUCGUCACAAUCGUCCACAAUCGGCAAGAUAAGGACAAGUUUUAUUUAUGCAAUUUAUGAUUAUUAAUAUUUUAUGCGUUAAUAUUACAAUGGACAGGCGGUAAAUUGGGCGUUCAGGUAAGCGCUUGAUUGCGCCCCCUCUCAAAGGAGGUUGGGGAUCGAUUUUCCGUAAUGGCAAAAGAGGGAUGUACGUAGAUCAAUAUGUUUCACACAAAAGCAAGCAAAAAAAAAAAGCAAAAUACGUAUACAUACCUAUAUCUGCUAUAAAUAUGUGCAUGCAUGAUGCAGUGUAAUGCGCCCUAAACAAACGAACACACUUUCCCUCAGUAUAUGCAUUGAUUCGCUAACACAUAUUGAAAGUAAAUCGAUGGUUGACCACUGGUUGAUUGAAACUAAAUGCUAUCGUUUAAACCUAUGCGUAAAUAAACCGAGUCCGAAAAAUAAUAAUAAACGCGAGAUGCAAACGAAUAAACUCA